GCACCUGCGCAGUCAGUGCCCGGAGAGGCGUCGCCUGGCGCUCCGAGGCCUGGUGGUGCUCAGCAGGGAUCCCACAAUGGCUAAGAGCAUGCGGAGCCUGAAUGAAAGCCUCCUGGAGCUACUGCAGGAUGCAGACACAGAUACAAUUCAGAUGACCCUCUCCGUGUUCAUCAAUGUGCUGGGCUUGAAAAUCAUCCAAAUAUCCACCCCUACUGCCCUGAAGUUGCUUGAGGCGCUGCGGCCACUCUUUGACAACGAGCACAGCCAGCUGCAGCAGCUCUCCAUGCUCCUCUUCCGGGAGCUGAUGGAAGCGACAGAGAGGAGCAAGAGCCUAAAGCCACACGUGUACCUGAGUCUGGUGCCAUUCUACUUCAACUGGCACAAUGAGAACCAACGUGUGGCAGAGGCCUCUCGGAGAGCACUGUUUGGUGCAGCCAGGUUCCUGAAGUGGAGGGAUCUUGAGCACUUGGUGACCAUGGAGCAGCCGUGGAGGUUUCCCGAGUGCCUGCUGGAAAAGGACAGGAGCCGAGUGGGCCAGUACGUGCGCCAGGCCCUGCUGUUCCUGGAGAGCCCAGAGGAGCCCCUGCGAAAGCUGGCCAUCAAGUUUCUGGGGAUCGCCGCCAGGUCCAUGAAGCAGGAGCAGCCAGAGCUGCAGCUCAUCUGCCAAGCCCUUCAAGACAUGACUGAUGACAGCCCUGCCGUCUCAAACCUGGCCAUUGAAACGCUCCACAUCAUCAGAGCUGUACGGAGGACUUCAUUCUUCUCAUUCUGGUAG